UGAAGGCGUUGGUGUGUUAUAGUUUAUUGCUCUGUUGUCGUUCUAGACGUCACGGGGUAUCAUGUAAAUUGUGGCCUUUAUUGACGGCAAUUUAUUCGUGUUCACUAUCUUUCGUCUCGUGCUUGACAAGGACUUUAUUUCGGAGUUGAUCAGUGUGAAUUGAGUGUGAACUCAAUUCUGACUACCUCAUCAUUUUCUACUUCCCUCACUUCAUUAUGGGUGUGUCUGAGCCUGGUUCCUCCACCACUCCUGACCUUCCUCCCAUGGAACACGAGCGGCCAGGGUCUGGCAGCGGCCUGGAUGACGAGGACAUUCCUCAGAGGAAACAGAGGAGGUACAGGACUACCUUCACCAGUUACCAGCUUGAUGAACUGGAGAAGGCGUUUGGAAGGACACAUUAUCCUGAUGUAUUUACGAGAGAAGAACUCGCUUUGAAAAUCGGCCUCACCGAAGCUAGAAUUCAGGUAUGGUUCCAAAACCGUCGUGCGAAGUGGCGUAAACAAGAGAAGGUGGGGCCCCAUGCUCACCCAUAUAGCGGGUACCUGGGAGGGGCCCAACCGUUGCCAACAUCAGCUACUCUACCAGGGCCCCCGCAUCCAUUGUCACAACUCGGCUUUGGAUUAAGAAAACCUUUUGAUGCUGCUCUAGCUUCGUUUCGGUACGCAAGCACACCACUAUUCGGCGCCCAGUAUUUACCACCACUAUCGCGUCCACCUCUCUUUGGAGCUCCACUCUACGCGACAUCACCAGCGCACUUCCAUUCUCUAUUCGCGAACCUAACCGUUCCCGAACCUCCCCGACUAUCACCCGAACACUCCCGACCAGUGCCCGAACUAUCCCAACUAUCCCCCGAUGUUUCCCGACCGUCGUCCAAUCAUUCCCGACUGUCCCCUGAAGUGACCCGUUCUCCCGCACCAUCCAUGUCUCCUCCAAUAUCGCCGGGAAGUGAAAGCUUGCCUAUGCACCCGGUAAUGGAUGACGUGCGCACAUCCAGCAUCGCUGCUUUAAGACUAGCGGCGCGAGAACAUGAGCUAAGAUUAGAAUUAUUAAGACAACGAGCUGAUCUUAUGUGUUAAUUGAGAAAUAAUUAUCUAUAGUUGUAAUCAAAAGAUAUUGUAUAAUAAUAUAAAUAACAAUAGAAUAGAAAAGUUGAAUUAAAAUACUGUUUUGGUAUCCAGACGUGUAUAUUGUGCUGUAAAUAAGUUUAAUUAGGUAUGUUAUUUUAUAUUUUACUUUCCUAUUAUA